CCGGAUCUUGGUGUUAAGAGCCGCCCCUGGGCCGGGCGGGCGCCUCAGCCAUGGCCCUGCGCAAGGAGCUGCUCAAGUCCAUCUGGUACGCCUUCACUGCGCUGGAUGUGGAGAAGAGUGGCAAGGUCUCCAAGUCCCAGCUCAAGGUGCUGUCCCACAACCUGUACACGGUCCUGCAUAUCCCCCAUGACCCCGUGGCCCUGGAGGAGCACUUCCGAGAUGAUGAUGAUGGCCCUGUGUCCAGCCAGGGCUAUAUGCCCUACCUCAACAAGUACAUCCUGGACAAGGUGGAAGAGGGGGCUUUCGUUAAAGAGCACUUUGAUGAGCUGUGCUGGACCCUGACGGCCAAGAAGAACUAUCGAGCAGAUAGCAACGGGAACAGCAUGCUCUCCAAUCAGGAUGCCUUCCGCCUCUGGUGCCUCUUCAACUUCCUGUCUGAGGACAAGUACCCUCUGAUCAUGGUUCCUGAUGAGGUAGAAUACCUGCUGAAGAAGGUGCUCAGCAGCAUGAGCUUGGAGGUGGGCUUGGGUGAGCUGGAGGAGUUGCUGGCCCAGGAGGCCCAGGCAGCCCAGACCACCGGGGGGCUCAGUGUCUGGCAGUUCCUGGAGCUCUUCAACUCUGGCCGCUGCCUGCGGGGCGUGGGACGGGACACCCUCAGCAUGGCCAUCCAUGAGGUCUACCAGGAGCUCAUCCAAGAUGUCCUGAAGCAGGGCUACCUCUGGAAGCGGGGACACCUGAGAAGAAACUGGGCAGAACGCUGGUUCCAGCUGCAGCCCAGCUGCCUCUGCUACUUCGGGAGUGAAGAGUGCAAAGAGAAAAGAGGCAGCAUCCCACUGGACGCCCACUGCUGUGUGGAGGUGCUGCCAGACCGUGAAGGAAAGCGCUGCAUGUUUUGUGUGAAGACCGCCAGCCGCACAUAUGAGAUGAGCGCCUCAGACACACGCCAGCGCCAGGAAUGGACAGCCGCCAUCCAGACUGCGAUCCGGCUGCAGGCGGAGGGGAAGACAUCCCUGCACAAGGACCUGAAGCAGAAGCGGCGCGAACAGCGGGAGCAGCGGGAGCGACGCCGGGCAGCCAAGGAGGAGGAGCUGCUCCGGCUGCAGCAGUUGCAGGAGGAGAAGGAGCGCAAGCUGCAGGAGCUGGAACUGCUGCAGGAGGCGCAGCGACAGGCGGAGCGGCUGCUGCAGGAGGAAGAGGAGCGGCGUCGCAGCCAGCACCGGGAGCUGCAGCAGGCGCUGGAGGACCAAUUGCGGGAAGCGGAGCAGGCUCGAGCCUCCAUGCAGGCUGAGAUGGAGCUGAAGAAGGAGGAAGCUGCUCGGCAGCGGCAGCGCAUCAAGGAGCUGGAGGAGAUGCAGCAGCGGUUGCAGGAGGCUCUGCAACUGGAGGUGAAAGCGCGGCGGGAUGAGGAGGCAGUGCGCCUCGCGCAGACCAGACUGCUGGAGGAGGAGGAGGAGAAGCUGAAGCAGUUGAUGCAGCUGAAGGAAGAGCAGGAGCGCUACAUAGAACGCGCGCAGCAGGAGAAGCAAGAGCUGCAGCAGGAGAUGGCGCUGCAGAGCCGCUCCCUGCAGCGGGCCCAGCAGCAGCUGGAGGAGGUGCGGCAGAACCGGCAGAGGGCCGACGAGGACGUGGAGGCUGCUCAGCGGAAGUUGCGCCAGGCCAGCACCAACGUGAAACACUGGAAUGUCCAGAUGAACAGGCUCAUGCAUCCAAUUGAGCCUGGAGAUAAGCGUCCGGUCACUAGCAGCUCCUUCACAGGCUUCCAGCCCCCUCUACUUGCUCGCCGGGACUCCUCUCUAAAGCGCCUGACCCGCUGGGGAUCCCAAAGAAACAGGACCCCCUCACCCACCAGCAGUGAACAGAAGUCCCUCAAUGGUGGGGAUGAGACUGCAGUCCCGGCUUCCACCUGUCAAGAAGACCAUCUGGAUCCCCCACCAGAAAAUUAGCCUCUCCUAGCCCCUUGUUGCUUCUAACAUCAUGUCCACCAGGACCUGGCCACAGCUGGCCUGUGGAUGACACUGGCCCCUGCUGGGAGAGGGAGCGGAGGUCCUGGUGCCAGGGGCCCAGGUCCUCCAACCAGGAGACAGUUUGGGAUGGAACCUGGUUCAUCUUUUGUACCAUUCCCAAGCCCCAGACCUUGGAGACUGUCUGAUAUGUUAAUAUUUGAGAACUUGGCUCUGUGCUUUAGCCCCAAGGUCCCGAUGACCCGAUCUGGGAAAGAGAGUGAACAAGCAAAACAAGGACCAUCUGCCCACUGCCACUACGAUGUGGAGGCAUUUUUCCAAAUAAACACUGUU